CUCUGAUCAUAAUUUAAUAUUGUAAUGUUUCCUUUGUUUAUCCACUGCAGAAAGGAUUCUCCUGAAUCUGAAAGGAAGAAGUUUCCCGAAGAAGAUCUUCACGAAUUGUUCCCAGAGGGGUGUGGUGAUCUGGCUUCGGACCAGUUCGAGCCUGGCUGGUUCCUGCUGGAGCAUCAUCAUGCCACCUCGUUCGAGGACCUCAGAGUUGGACUCUCCUAUUUGAGGAGAAAAGUCGAAGGUCAAAAGGAAGGCCAGUUAUCAUUUCUAAAGGCAAAUGUUGGCUCAGUGAUGGAACAACUCGAUACUCUGUUUCUCCUCAAGGAAAAGUUUGAAGCUGAUAUAAAGAAUUUUGGCGUUGAUAGAACAGUAAAAAUGGAGAACUCAAUUGCAGAUUCGAUGUUGGAAGCGAAUAAACUAUUUGAAGGAGUGCUGAAGCGUCGGGAAAGGGCCGACGCGACACGAAACGCGUUGGGCGUCUUGCAGCGGUUCCGCUUCCUCUUCACCCUCCCCGUGGCUAUUGAACGCAACAUCAAGAGAGGCGAAUACGACGCCGUCAUCAAUGAUUAUGCGCGUGCGCUCAACCUAUUCGGAAAGACUGAUGUUGUCAUCUUCAAAAAAGUAUUGAUUGAAGUUGAACAGAAAAUAAAUGAUCUUCAAGAAAUGCUCAAACUAAAACUGCAAGAUAUGCCAACUACUCUCGAUCAACAGAAGAAAAUAAUAAGAAAUCUAGUGAACUUGGAUGCAGGAGGUGACCCUGCUUGGAGCGCGAUACAAGUGCACGCCAAAUACCUCACCCAGCAACUCAAUUCUUGCUUCAAUACUCAUAUGGCUGCUGACACCUCAAUCGAAGAAGGGAAAACUCCGAAAGGCUCGCAUUCCAAACAUACAAGAACGCCAAGUGGAAAUCAAAUCCUUGAUUCUCAGAGUACAAUCCCUCAGAGAGUUUUAUGUGUGGAAGAAUUGACCGAAAUAAUGUCCUCACGAUUCCCAGAUUUAUGGAAACUAGGACAAGCCUAUUUCUCAGGAGAAUUGCAAGUUCCAGUCGGGCCCAAUCAACAGCAAGAGUUUAAGAGCAUAGUGCUGACUGUGAUUGGACUGGGCUGCAGCCUUCUUCGCGGUGUGCUGCUGCCUCACACGCUGGAGACAAAGAGCGCCUGGCCGACUCACUCGCACUCCCUCGACCUGCUGGCCGCCUGGUUGCCGCACUGUCUGCGAUACGUCACCUCCUCCUACUCCAGUCUCAUCAGCCUCGAUCUGCCUGGCGAGGCCCUCGACAUCGUCGGAAAGCUUCUCUUCGAUCUGCAAUUGAGUUGUAUGGGAACAUUAUUAGUACAGGCUGGUGACCAAUUGUCAUCUCUACACGCCAAAGAAACUUGGCAACUGCAUUUUGACUCUCGUUAUGGCGGCAUUACAUCUCUUCCUACAAUGUUCGAAGAAAUAAUUACGGAAGCAAUCACACUGAUCAAGGAAACAGUUUUACAAUCUGGAGUUCGAGGAGCAGCUCUACUAGAAAAUGAAAGGGCAAAGAAAGAAUUCAAUAAUAAGCUACACAAUACGCUUCUCAAUUUUGUGCAGGCAUUGGAAAAAUUGAUUAGUAGUAAUGAUAUGGGUGACCAUUCUCCUGCCAUUUCCCAAUUGAUAGGGUCCCCAGCUCAUUUCAGAGAUCACAGUCAGAGUUCAGGAUUGGCAUGGGAGCAAAGGCUACUGUGUACGCUGAGCAAUUGCCUGUACACAGAAAAAGAAGUGCUCCCCAGACUUGUGGAGUUGCUGAACAGAUACAACUACCCACCUUUGCCGAAAACGUUUACGGCCGUGACAAGCGCGCUCAAUAUGCUGGAAAAGAGCAUCAUAGAGACGUACAUUGAGCAGAAGAGUGAUCCACUGGUGGGGACGAUCGAGCCAUCCAUGUACCUGGGACGAUUCGACUGGGACACCCAGCUCAGUCCCACUGAUCUCAGGCCAUAUGCCAAAGAAAUCAUCUACAAUAUUGUUGCCGUUCAUGCAGAGGUAUACCGAAUAUGUCCGGAUCAAAUUUAUUUUAUUCUGUCUCAUAUUGUCGAAACAAUAGCUGAGGAACUGUCCAGACUGAUGUCGUGCGUGAAAACUACCAAGUUCAGUACUGCAGGUAAUCAGCAGGCUCGUAUUGACAUCACUGCACUGCAGCAGACCUUCUCCGCUUUCACCACCUCCACUGCUGAGUCAUUCUUCUCUGAAGCUUUAGAAGUACUUCCAGCUCUAAAACUUGCUGAUACUAAAGUCGUUGAUGAAGUGCUAAACAAAUUCCAAUCCAAUAUGCGUCUACGUCUUGCCUGUUUGAAAACUGUUGAGAAGCUGCCUUCGAAUAGUUUAUGAAUAAGUGUUUCAUAGUAAUCAUAAUAUUUACCUGCUUCCAUCAAAUAAUAUCACUGGAAAAACCUAAGUUAUCAUCAAAUGAUUCUCAAAAGAUUAUUAUUUUACAUAGAUUAGCAUAGGCCUAAUAAAUAUUAAUCUGUUCAACUAAUAAAUAUUUUACACAGAUA